UGCUGUCAGUAUUUCUAAGCUCAGUAAGCAGAUGUGUUGAUGUUAUUAAGCGAAGGACUCAGUUCGAAUGCUACCCCUAACGCUAUUAAAAACGGCUCAAAGCCAUCCAAUGCUAGUCGAACUCAAAAAUGGUGAAACCUAUAAUGGGCAUUUGGUGAGCUGUGAUUCAUGGAUGAACAUAAAUCUUAGAGAUGUUAUUUGUACUUCUAAGGACGGAGACAGAUUUUGGCGAAUGCCCGAAUGUUAUAUACGGGGCAGUACAAUCAAAUACUUACGAAUUCCGGAUGAAGUUAUUGAUAUGGUUAAGGACGAUGCACAUGCUAAAUCAAGAAAUCGUUCCGAAAUUGGUAAAGGUCGACCAGGCACAGGAAUCCAGAACCAAAAUUUGAGGGGCCAAAUUCGACCGCGAUAUAAGAAUGCCCAGCCCAAUGGCGCGAAAAGUGUUCUGCGUGGGCAAAUUAGUCAUCCUAGUUCUAAUAAAAAUAGGAAAUAAUUUUCACAUAUGCUUCACCGAAUAAUAAAGAUUGACUUUGUCAUUACAGUUAUGCUCAUAA